AGCCAGAUUGGGUUAUUUCUCCAUUAUAAGACUCCUCUAGCUGAAAUUAAGGAGAAGUCUGCCUCCCUAUCCCUCUUUGGACAUACCACCAACCUUUCCCAGAGAAGUGCCAGAUGGACCGGAACUGCUUCCUGAAGAGGGUGUCAAAGCUAUGCCCAUAAGUAAGGGGCCCCGCAAGUAUACCAGACCCCACUGGGAGCAUCUCUUUGCCCUCCCAAAGUGAGAUCCAGCCAGCCAGGGGCAAAGGGGUGGAAACCCAUUUUCUGGAAACAUAGAGAGGCCCAUUGUAGGAAAGAAGGUGAGGACUCGGAGGGGAAGUGGGGACAACCAGACUCUCCCUUUUCCCUCCACAAAGGCCUUUUCUUCCAUGCCCGCAGGCCCCCAAAGCAGCUCAGUAACGGCAUGGGAGGGUCCCACCUGCCCUGCCCCAGGGUUUGACCGCUUAGCAUGGACCAGUCUGUGGCAAUCCAGGAGACCCUGGCUGAGGGGGAGUAUUGCAUCAUCAUAUCCUUCCUGGCUAUAGAGCAGCAGGCAGUACAAGGUGUGCUGUGUAAGGGAGAGAGCAGGCAGAGUCGUCUGCUGGGCCUGGUGCGGUACCGGCUGCUGGAAACUGACGCCCAGGAACAUGCCCUCUUCCUGUAUACACACCGGAGGAUGGCCAUCACAGGAGACGAUGUAUCUCUGGACCAGAUAGUGCCACUCUCAAAAGAUUUUAUGCUGGAAGAAGUGUCCCCAGAUGGUGAACUCUACAUCCUUGGCUCUGAUGUGACAGUCCAGCUGAACACAGCUGACCUCAGGCUUGUAUUCCAACUACCCUUUGGUUCACACACCAGAAUGUUCCUCCAGGAAGUUGCCAGAGCCUGCCCAGGUUUCGACCCAGAGACGCGGGAUCCCGAAUUCCUGUGGCUGUCCAGAUACAGGUGCGCCGAGCUAGAUGCCCAGUCGCUGGAACCGCGCGAGUGGAACUCGGACCCGGGUACACGGAGCGGGUUCACGUGCAUUGGAGGAGGCAGGUAUCAGUCUCGGAAUGCGUGGCGAUGAUUGGAGAAUGUCUUGCCCUACAUUCUGCUUUGGGGCAGAGCUACGGAGGAGCGGGAAUUUCUAUUGGCGGAGGAGGUGCAGGGGCGGGCCUGUGCGAGAACGGAGCGCGGCGGGCGGCGGGAUGAAGCGCUUGAGGAAGCAGACUGGGAAAUGUCGGCGGGCGGCGGCUCUCGGGAGCGCGACUGUGCAGGUGGAUCUAACUUUGACAGCUCGAAGCCAAAUGGGAGAGGCCUGCUUAUGGACCAGAGCUCUGGGGCCAGGUGUCCGGAUAAAUCAGAAAACUCUCUCACAAGACAGACUAAAACUAAGUCUGAAAUUACUGACAUGGUUCGCUCCUCCACGAUCACCGUAUCAGACAAGGCUCACAUUUUAUCCAUGCAGAAGUUUGGGCUGCGAGACACAAUCGUGAAAUCACAUCUCCUGCAGAAGGAAGAGGAUUAUACCUACAUCCAGAACUUCCGGUUUUUUGUGGGAACAUACAAUGUGAACGGACAGUCCCCCAAAGAAUGCCUCCGGCCCUGGCUGAGCCACAGCACCCAGGCCCCGGACGUGUACUGUGUAGGGUUCCAGGAGCUUGAUCUGAGUAAGGAAGCCUUCUUCUUUCACGAUACCCCAAAGGAGGAAGAGUGGUUUAAGGCUGUGUCAGAGAGCCUUCACCCAGGUGCCAAGUAUGCCAAGGUGAAGCUCAUCCGACUGGUUGGCAUCAUGUUGCUGCUGUACGUCAAACAGGAACAUGCGGCCUUUAUCUCAGAAGUGGAAGCUGAGACUGUGGGGACAGGAAUCAUGGGGAGGAUGGGUAACAAAGGAGGCGUGGCCAUAAGGUUCCAGCUGCACAACACCAGCGUCUGCGUAGUCAAUGCCCACCUGGCAGCCCACACCGAAGAGUAUGAGAGGAGGAACCAGGACUACAGAGACAUUUGUUCUCGAAUGCAGUUCUCUCAGGUGGACCCGACCCUCCCCCCACUCACCAUCAGCAAGCACGAUGUGAUCUUGUGGCUGGGGGACCUCAACUACAGAAUAGAAGAGCUGGAUGUGGAAAAGGUGAAAAAGCUCGUGGAAGAGAAGGCCUUUCAAACCCUGUAUGCGUAUGACCAGCUGAAAAUCCAAGUGGCUGCCAAGACUGUCUUUGACGGUUUCACAGAGGGCGAGCUCACGUUCCAGCCUACUUACAAGUACGAUACUGGCUCUGAUGACUGGGAUACCAGUGAGAAGUGUCGUGCUCCUGCCUGGUGUGACCGAGUCCUGUGGAAAGGAAAGAACAUCACUCAGCUGAGUUACCAGAGCCACAUGACCUUGAAGACCAGUGACCACAAGCCCGUCAGCUCAGUGUUUGACAUUGGGGUGAGGGUUGUGAAUGAAGAACUCUACCGGAAAACGCUGGAGGAAAUUGUCCGCUCCCUGGAUAAGAUGGAAAAUGCCAACAUUCCUUCUGUGACACUCUCCAAGCGCGAGUUCUGUUUUGAGAAUGUAAAGUACAUGCAGUUGCAAACCGAGUCCUUCACGAUUCAUAACGGCCAAGUGCCGUGUCAGUUUGAAUUCAUCAACAAGCCUGAUGAAGAGUCCUACUGUAAGCAGUGGCUGACUGCCAAGCCCAGCAGAGGCUUCCUCUUGCCAGAUUCUCAAGUUGAGAUUGAGUUGGAGCUCUUUGUAAAUAAGGCUACCGCCACAAAACUCAAUUCAGGCAAAGACAAAAUCGAAGACAUUCUGGUCUUGCACUUGGACCGGGGAAAGGAUUACUUUUUGUCGGUGUCUGGAAACUACCUGCCCAGCUGUUUUGGGUCUCCCAUCCAUACAUUGUGCUACAUGAGGGAGCCAAUCUUGGACCUACCGCUGAAAAUUGUUAGUGAGCUGACUUUGAUGCCAGUGCAGACCGCAGAUGACAGGAGCCAGUUGGAGAGCCCCAUGGAAAUCCCCAAAGAACUCUGGAUGAUGGUCGACUAUCUCUAUAGAAAUGCUGUCCAGCAGGAAGAUCUGUUUCAACAGCCAGGCCUGAGGCCGGAAUUUGAGCAUAUAAGGGACUGUCUGGACACUGGAAUGAUUGAUAACCUCUGUGCUAACAACCAUUCUGUAGCCGAAGCCUUGCUGCUUUUCCUCGAGAGCCUGCCAGAGCCUGUCAUCUGUUACAGCGCCUACCAUAACUGCUUGGAGUGUUCUGGCAAUUACACAGCAAGCAAACAGGUAAUUUCUACUCUCCCUACAUUCCACAAAAAUGUUUUCAACUACCUGAUGGCGUUUUUGCAAGAAUUGCUGAAAAAUUCAGCAGAAAAUCAUUUGGAUGAAAAUAUUCUGGCUAGCAUAUUUGGCAGCUUACUCCUCCGAAACCCAGCUGGUCACCAAAAGCUUGACAUGGCAGAGAAGAAGAAGGCCCAGGAGUUCAUUCACCAGUUCCUCUGCAGUCCACGCUGAGCCUCAGUGCUCCUCCUGAUUUCCCGAAGGCAGCCACAAUCGUCAGCCCCACCUGUUUCAGCUCAAGAGCUGCCUUAAGAUGCUCCAAGGCUAGCUGGAAGCAAGAACGGCAGCUACCUGUUUCUUGAGCCUAGACCCACCCGUUACCCAUGCCAUUAGCUAGCAUACUCAGUGACUUGUGAAGACAUGGGGGCGAUCCACCAUAACAGAACUGACAUUUGAUGUUCAACUUUAGUUAACACAAAUAGACCUCUAUUCGUUUUUACUUAAAAAUGUAAAGUAACUGUACUUUGCCUUAGUCAACCUGCCUCCAGUCAGGGGGUUCCCUGUAUCCCGUAAUGAGCAGCAUCUCAUGAUCAGAUGUGUGGACUAACUGAAGACCCUGAAGGAGAAUGAGUUGGACAGCAGGGA